AUGAUAAUUGCCCUCAGCCCAUUCUGCGUAGGCGGUGCUACUCUUCUGGCCCGCUCCCCGCGCUUUCCGCAGAGAUCGCAGGCUGAACAAGUCCAUUUCGGUCCAACUAGGUGGGCCGCGUCAAAGUAUAUCACGGUGUUGUGGUCCUUUGAUCACAUCUCCGAGGGGAAAGAGAAGACUUAUGGCAAGAAUAGGAGGAGGAAGGUCGGGCAACAUAGGGCCCAAUCCUUGACUCAAACCAUUCGAGAUCAAGGUGCCUUGCUCCGCAUUCAACUCUAUCGUUCCAUAGAGGAUCCUGACACCCGGGGGAAGAAAGUACGCGAACGACCCUCAUCAUCUCCAUCUGUCCAAACUAUGGUGUCACCGGACCUCAUACAGCAACUCCUCCUCUCUUCGAAAAGGCAUGUCGAUUCCUCGUUGUUCACUCUUGCGACAUUUCUCGCGCUGUCCGUUGUUCUGGAGUUCGCGUUUACCCGUAGUUCGCUGGAUUGGUCGGAGGUUCCUACCCGAGAAGACUGGGCAUUCACUCAUGAGACUGGGGCUAUGCACGCCACCGAAAGACUGGUGCACCGCUUUCAAAGGGAGGGCUACGGAGAACAACAAACAUCAGAAGUAGAAGUAUUGGGCGAAUCCUACCCUCGAAUUAAACUAAUCACACGUAGCUUGUAUUGGCCAAAUCACCCGGUGGCCGAGAUUACGGAAAGGGAAAGAGUUCCCAACGGUCCUGGCUUUCAAAGGAUAAGCGUAAACAGAUCCGCGAACCUACGCCUUUCCACUUGUCAGUACCAAAACCGAUGCUUGACGAUACAGAUCUCGGGAAAGAGUCUCCCUAAGGGUCGUCCUUACUUUCUGACUAUCAGGGAUAGGGACAGGGACCUCGGGCCUCUUCCUUCCGCUAAUACUAUUAGUGAGAUUUGCCAUACGGAACAAAGUCCCAAUCUUGGGGCAGCCUGUAUCGGCCUAAACGAGGGAGAUCGAACCGCUUCAUUGGACGCUCCUUUUAGACGCCCUUUCCGAGUAUUCCAGCUCAGUUUAAAGCCAGUUAGAGUCUCCACUAAGCGCAUUGGGCACCUCCGCAGAAGCGCAGAGAGAGCUGCUACACUCUCGUUCCAUUGGGGACUUGCUUUAGCCUUUGGUCUAUUCAUCCCAGUCCUCAGGUUGAAGCUCCUAACCUAUAAAACCCAUGAGCUUCUUUCGGCCUUUAAAUGGGGUAUUGUCUGGUGUAAGAGGGACCUCCAAAGGAGUAUCCAAGUCGUAAAGCUGCGUCGUAGUUCUAGAAAACAUCAAAGAAGCGGGCAAAGGAUAUUGCAUUUCAAGAUUUCAUGGGCAAGAAAACGAAGCCCCUUAGGGAAAUAG